UUUGCGGUAAAGAUGCUCGCGGGAGGAACGAUGAAACGUCGCGGGAUCGUCCUGGAUCCAGUGUGAGCGUCCAGAGGAGGAAAAAUCAAGGUGUCGAUCGAUCGAGAAGGAUCGAUCGAUCGUCCGAGCGGAAGCGCCUUUUCCGGUCGCGUCUCAAAUUUCGGCGGAACGAUCGCGCUUGAUCGCUUUCGCGGAGGGGAGAUCGAAGGGAUUCCCGGAGAAUUGGCUAAGAUCGUCCGGUGUCCACGUUGCCGAUCGGGUGUUUCGCCUGUCGUAGCGAUUCUGCACACGCGACCGAAAGCAGCGCGACUCGUGAAAGUGCGCUGACAGUGGCGUCGGUCUGUCAGCCGGACAGGUGCGAGAGCAAUUGACACGGGGACGAGGUGAAGAUAGUAGGGGAAAAGGAGAAAAAGAGGCUUGGAGUGAGCGAGCGAGCAGACUUGUUGUUCUCAAGCAAAUCGAUCGGGAAUGUUAAUGUGAAAUAAAGUUCAAGAGGAGGCGAACGCGCGAGAUACCUGGAAGUAUUCAAAUAAACAUUUCAGUAAACAAUUGUCGAAAAGAUUGGAUGGACGUGUCGCGCUAGUUUAUUAUUGAAGAAGAAGAAAUAGCAACAAAGACAAAUAGAACAAACUGUGACGCUUCACGGAUAGACAGAGAGACGAAUACAGGAGGGACAGAGAGAAAGUGACGUUUCUUCGAUCAUACUAAGAGCGACCGAGAGGAAGAGAGAAAGCAGACGACGGGUGGGUCGACGAAACAGGUCUCCACGUGACACGUACAAAAGUUCGCCGGCUGCAGAAAGAAGAGAUCGAUGCGAUCGGUAACGGGAGCGUGUGCGCGAGUGUGACACAUUCGGUUGCAUCCUCGCUUCGCCUUUUUUCUUCCGCGGCUAUUCCGUGAGAAAGUGCGGGCCUGACGUUCGCCGCAAGGCGGAAGACACACGCGGAUUACUCCGGGAUCGGAGAAGAGAGAAAUUUCGCGACCGAGCGAGAGCAGGCGAAGGAAGAGGAAGACCGCACGAACACGCGCGAGGAGACGCGAUAAAUUGAUAUUGCUUUAUCGGAUAUCAGCGAGAACGAGAGAGGGAGCAACGGAUCUGCGCUUCCCCUGCGGGCGAAUCCGCGAGCGUGAUUGAUUCGAUGCUUUCAAGAACGAGGGACAGGUGACAAGCAAGAUCCAGACGAGCGUCCUGAGUUAUCUUUUUCGAACUUUGCGAGGCAUCAGUCGGGAGCACAAGGACGAAACAAUGCUGAGCCAAUGGCGAAGACAUUCUCGAUGGAGUAUGUUCUCCAUCUUCCUGAUUUUCGGAUUGAUCUGCAACGGCGACCUGGCGCCACUCAGUGUACCUGAUGCAACAUUAUCAUCGUCAACAUCAAGUCGUUCUCUGGGUGAUUUCUCUUGGGGAUGGCUCUUUACGCUGGACACGCAGGACGGCCUCCAGUCGGGCAUGGACUCGGCUACUCUUUUGCGAAGGAUAAAACCGAAGAGCGUGUUCAUCGCGCCGGCAUUACCCGCCUGUGCGGAUGGUUAUGUUGCGGACGAUAAGGGCAGAUGUGUAAAAAAUGUAAACCUCGACAUGGACAAGCACAGAACUUUCCUCUUGGGGCGACUCAACGCCAAGUACGCCACUAAUCAAGAAAGCCAGAAGACGGCAUCGACUGGUCCUCUGCAGCUUAAUAUCCCUCUGAUACCUAAUACCAAUUUGCAAUCAGCGGUAGUCGAAGUCGAUGAAAUGUAUUUGAAAAACCCAUCCGUUACGGUGCGAGUUCGUAAUCAAACUAACGCAAAGAUCGACGAAGAGAAGACGAAAGCGACGGAGCCGCACGAGUCGAAUCUGUAUGAUACGAAAAAUGACACUCUAAACGAGCAGGAAUCGACGUUUUCUUUUGAGAGCGUCGACAAUAUUGGAAAGAUUAAUCAGAAGCUCGACCCACUAAUUCUCCUCGAGAAGACGAACACUAAUACGAAUUUCUCGGAAGUGCAGGACUACAAGGUCCCGAUAAAUCUCAAGACGUUGUUGAACUCAUCAAACAAAAAAAUCAACUUGAAUGACGAUACGAAAGAAGAUGUCUCGAUGGCGGAAAAGAAGAAGAACUCCACCGAAACGUCGUCCCAAAGUCUGCUGCUUUUGAUUUCGCCUACAAAGUUCAUGAACAUAGUGAAUGACCUGCCGUCGACACAGAACAACACCGCCGAGCAAAUCUCACAAAUAUCCAAUCAAACCUCGGGCACUACCACAAAAGAGAACAUCGGUAUGUCGGAUUCUACGCUUCCACCCAAACGAUUGACGUCGAUUCCGCUAGACGAACAGCGAGAUAACGAGACAUACGCGGAAGACGAGUUGACAUCGGAAACUUCCACGUUGAAUGAUUCGCAGGAAACGGAAUUCUACGACGAAGAACAGGAGGAUUAUCCAUACAGCACGGACAUACCGGAAGACGAAGACUCGACGGAGGUGGAAGGUGAGAUUUUGAAGCAUGGAGAGGCCGGCAUGACGAUUCCCAUGCGAAACAUCGAGCGACUCGAUCGCGAUCGUGAUCAACAGCAACGAAACCGGAGCGCAGAUCUGCGGGAAAAGAUGCCCGAUAUCCGCGAUCAGAUCAUGAUUCGCUUUAACGAUUCCGUGCCUGAGAAUAAGGACGAAGCAGAGAGUAACAUCUCCAGUGAAGUCAGCAUCGACGGUGACCUCAUUUUAGAGACGACGCUCUUAGACGUGAACACCGAGAGGCUGCAAAUCACCACCAAAUCGCCGGACGUGAACCAAAAAAUUGUCAAAGAUAGCGAUGACGAAAAAGAAUCAUCCGACAAGAACCCCGAUAUAGAGUCAAAAAUCGUGUUCUCCGAAGACGCUCAAAGCGCGAAGUCCACGAGCUCGCACGGACAGAAAAGCGAACAAACGGAACGAUUCUCCAUAAGGCUCGAGAAUGAGAAAAACAAAGAGUCGAAAGGUGCAUCUUCUUCGUCCGAGUCACUAUUAUACGAUCCGCCGGAGGAUGAUCCGAUAACGGAGGUCGCCACUACCGACGAGGAACAAUCGAAUGUCAAAGGGAACACGCCGCAGGAAAACCCGCCAGACUCAAAUGUCCUGGCAGACAAUCUCAGGCCGACUACGGUGAACCUAGAAUCCUCGGACGAGGAUUUCGUGAGAUUUCCCGAUUACGUGAGACAAUCGCAGCGGAGCGAUUACGUGAGGUUCCCGUCCAGCAAAGUUAACAGCAUACACAGUCCGAGUUACAAGCAGGAUUUGCGUUCUUCUACGGACGACCUCGAUCCUUACGACAGCACCAGCACCAAGAGCAGCGUUCCUGUACGUCAGAAACCAGUUUACUCUCUCACGGCGUCGAGCUGGAAGCCGGACCGAUCGCAGUCCGAUCGCGUCCAGGCGACGACCAGCAAGAGGCAGAAACACAGAUCAGAUUUGCUGCAUUUCUGGAACAAGAUGCCGCUGAUCGAGGACCCGGUUGUGAUCUAUCCCUUCGAUCAGGAUGAUGACCAGCCGAUACAAUUCCGAUUUCCAUCACGAAGGCGAAGGAUGAGCUCCUCCGCGGAAACGUCACCGGAGAACAUCAACAGGGUUACGCAGAAACAGAGAACGCCCAUCGAUGUGUAACUGUCUUCACAUCGCUUCCCUUGAAAAAAAAAUCUAAUAAAUUGUGUUUGGAACUGUAUCGAAUAAUUCCGAAAAUAAUUCUGAAACUGCGUCAAAGUAGUUCGCGGGUUAUCGUUGCGAUCGUACGAGGACUCCGUUGAGAAUACAAAAUCGACGAGGAGAAUUGUCAAUGAAUGAUAUUCUGCGCUCUCUUUGAAAAGUUCAUGAACCAUGAUACUACAUGUAUUGUACCUAGUAUUUCUUUCUGUUGCUCAGCGAAUGCUGUUGCACAUCGAUAGAAAUUUCGACGAUCUCAGGAGGAGUGAUCUGAAAUCUAAGUAUCUUCCAUAGUAUUGCCUUCCGUGCUCUCGUGUGAGAAGAAAACUGGACUUGCUAAGAGCGGAAGAAAUUUAGUAGAAGCGUACUUAGACAUUCGUUUAUUACGUUUACGUCACAUCCUGUCGGCGAUUAAGCUCGUAUCCGAGAAAAUCUUUUCGAGGGAAAUCUCGCAAAGAAUGCGUCUUAAUAAUAGUUACGUCGAGCAAUUAAUAGCGAUAAGCGUUGGAUAGAGAAAGUAGUAAGAAAGUAGUAAGUAGUGUGCUGGUGUAAAAGAUUUGCGGAAUCGAUGAUAAAUUUUGCCGCCGUUAAUGAGACGUAUGGCUUUCCACGGAAAGUUCAAACUGCAUCAUGCAUUUCAAAAUGAAGGCAUUGAUGAGUCGCUAAAAGACAUUAAGGAUGUCUUUUGCGAAAUCGUUGCGUCUGGCGAUAGCGAGAUAUUGAAUUGCGUGAAAAAAAAUGCGUCGCUGCUUCGAAAACGAUCGAAGGAAUCGAUUUCUUCGAAUCAUUAACAUUAACUAGGCUAUUUACGAAACAAACGAGCGUAAGCUAAAGUCUUCUACGGUCGUAUCAAAAUGCGCUACACUAGAAAAAACACUGCCGAAAUAACUUUUAAAUUUUUAAAUUUUUAACUUUUUAAAUUUUUUUACGAGUGAUUUUUUACAUUUUUCCGACUGUAGAAAUUAAUAAUCCACAUUCUCAUCACAUAUUUGAUUUCACACGCGACAAUUUGAUCUUUAUAUUUUUUUUAUAACUAUCGACGUGUCAUUAAUACAAUGACGUAAUAUAAUUACAUCUAAUAAAGUUGUAUUCGUAUUGAUCCCAUUUUAUAAUGCUAUCUUUUAUUUUUUCUUUUCUAUUAUUUUU